ACUCAUAAACCGGAUGGUGUUACACUUUAAAGUGUAGAAUUUCCUUUUGCCACACCGUUAUCAUUCCCGAAAAUGGCGACUUUAGCAGCUGCUGCUGUUGUUGCUGCCGCUGGCAGAGAUCCCGCUGUUGACCGUUCAUUGCGCUCUGUCUUUGUGGGAAACAUUCCAUAUGAGGCCACAGAGGAGCAACUGAAAGACAUUUUUUCGGAAGUCGGUCUCGUUGUCAGCUUUCGGUUGGUGUAUGAUAGGGAGACAGGCAAGCCGAAGGGAUAUGGCUUCUGUGAGUAUCAGGACCAGGAGACGGCCCUCAGUGCUAUGCGGAACCUGAACGGAAGAGAGUUCAGCGGCCGGGCUCUCCGUGUCGACAAUGCUGCUAGUGAGAAAAACAAAGAGGAGCUCAAGAGUUUGGGGACAGGAGCCCCCAUUAUUGAGUCUCCCUACGGGGACAACAUCAUGCCAGACGAGGCUCCAGAGUCUAUUAGCAGAGCUGUGGCCAGUUUGCCCCCAGAGCAGAUGUUUGAGCUCAUGAAACAGAUGAAGCUGUGUGUGCAAAACAGUCCCCAGGAGGCCAGGAACAUGCUGUUGCAGAACCCCCAGCUGGCCUUUGCUUUGCUGCAGGCCCAGGUUGUCAUGAGGAUCGUAGACCCUGAGAUUGCCCUGAAAAUGCUUCACCGUCAAACCCCAGUGCAGCCAUUGGUUCCCAACAGUCAAGCUGGGCCAGUGCCAGUGGCCAACCAGCCUAUUCCCCCAGCCAAUGCUCCAGUCUCCCAGUCACAGCCCAUGCCGGGCAUGCACAUGAACGGAGCUCCUCAGAUGAUGCAGCCCCCUCCCAUGGGUGGGGGACCUGGGCCCAUGCCAGGACAGGGACCAGUGGGACCACCAGGAAACCUCCAGCACUCACCCGUAGGAUCAUCUGGGCAGGCUGCUAUCGAGCGACCUCAAGGACCAGGUGGUAUCCCUCCCAGAGGCCUGCUUGGCGAUGGCCCCAACGACCCCAGAGGAGGAACCCUGCUCUCUGUCACAGGAGAGGUCAUCGAACCCAGUCGAGGAGGAGGCUUCAUCGGGGCCCCCCCACCACACCAGGGGCCCCCCAUGCACAUGAACCAGAUGGCUGGAGGGCCUCCUCUGGACAUGAGGCCGCCCCAUGACAUGAGAGGACCCCCCAUGGGUGAACCCAGAGGCAUGAUGGGAGAGCCCCGGGGACCCCCCAUGGGUGAACCCAGGGGCAUGAUGGGAGAGCCCCGGGGACCCCCCAUGGGUGAACCCAGGGGCAUGAUGGGAGAGCCCCGGGGACCCCCCAUGGGUGAACCCAGGGGCAUGAUGGGAGAGCCCCGGGGACCCCCCAUGGGUGAACCCAGGGGCAUGAUGGGAGAGCCCCGGGGACCCCCCAUGGGUGAACCCAGGGGCAUGAUGGGAGAGCCCCGGGGACCCCCCAUGGGUGAACCCAGGGGCAUGAUGGGAGAGCCCCGGGGACCCCCCAUGAUGGAACAGCGGGGACCCCCCAUGAUGGAGCCAAGGGGACCCCCCAUGGAGAACAGAGGUCGGGACCCCCGAGCGGUGGACCCCCGUGGACCAGUGUCGGGCCAGAGGGUUCCCACUGCACAAGGAAUGCAGGGCCCCUCUCCUCACUCCAUGAAUACUAAUGCCCCUCCACCUGCCAGACCGGGUCCUGGUGCACCACAGUCUGGAGGUAGCUUCAGCCCAGGGCAAAGCCAGGUGACCUCACAGGACCAUGAGAAGGCCGCCUUGAUCAUGCAAGUGCUGCAGCUGACCCCAGAACAGAUCGCCAUGCUGCCCCCAGAACAGAGGCAGAGCAUUCUCGUCCUCAAAGAGCAGAUCCUGAAGACCACCGGGGCACCCUGAAUACCCCCACACCCAUAGGCUCAAGACUGUCACAGGACCCCAACACCCCUGCCCCCUGUAACCUCGACAUUGGAUUGAUCAGCACACGUCACCUCACUUCAAACAUUUUGGAGAUUGUUUUGUAUUAUAUGGUCUUUUUUUUUUUAAAUGGAAGUUUAAAGUGUUAGUGAUUUGAAGAAUGUCUGUUAUUCUU